UAUAUAUAUAUAAUUUAGGGGGGAAAAACAGUCAAAAAUUAAUUUAGAUUUUGCUUAGUUAACUUGUAGUUUACUGAUUCUUUAAUGUUAAUGUAAUGUAUGUAUGAUGAUGUGUUUAUUCGACUAGCCAGUGAGCUAGCUAGCAAUAGUUUCUACAACAAAAGUAGGCGAAUUUCUUAUUUAUUUUUAUGUCACUCCAGGAAAGAUAAAGUGAAGCCAUGAGUGAGUUCCGGAUACAUCAUGAUGUGAACGAGUUGCUCAGCCUCCUUCAUGUCAGAGGAGGUGAUGGGGCUGAAGUGUACAUCGACUUACUGCAGAAGAACAGAACUCCUUAUGUUACCACAACAGUGUCCUCACACAGUGCUAAGGUGAAGCUUGCAGAGCAUUCUAAAACCCCUGAGGACUUUUUGAGGAAAUACGAAGAGCUAAAAUCCAAAAAUGCACGCAACCUGGAUCCUCUGCUUUAUCUUCUCUCAAAGCUCACUGAAGAUAAAGAGACUCUCAAAUUUCUGCAGCAGAAUGCUAAAGAGAGAUCAGAAACGUCGGCAAACACGACAUCAAGUAGCACGACAUCUUUCAGUAUUCCCCCAACCAGUAGCAAGAUGUCAAUGCAGGAGCUGGAGGAACUGCGCAAAAAGCUCGGGAAUGUCACAGCCAGCUCCAAUGUUCCACAGUCUGCUGAGGUCACCCGCAAGCUACUAAGAGACAGACACAGCAAGAAGAACCCCACACAACCUAUUCCCGUCUUCCCAAACUGGGUGUAUGACAGACCUGCUCUGAUUGGAGAUUUCAUCACCAGCUCUGCACCAACAGGAGAUCCAGUCGUAGCUAUCGGUACAAUGCCGCUGACCGUGCAGGAGCAAGCCCUGGUUGAGGAUCUGCUGUAUGUACUGAUUGGAGUAGAUGGGAGAGACAUCACAGCACAACCUGUGCUUGGCAGACAGAGUCGCUCUUUUAUAAUAGACCCUUCUCUAGACAUGUCCAUUAAGGAGCUUGUGAACCGAAUAUUACCAGUGGCGUCCUGUUACUCCACCGUCACACGCUUCACAGAGGAGAAGUGUUCCUUUGAGUAUGGUCAGGUGAACCACGCGCUCACUGCAGCCAUGAGGACACUGAUGAAAGAGUAUCUCAUCCUGGUGACCCAGCUAGAGCAUCUUCACAGGCAGGGCAUGCUGUCGCUACAGAAACUCUGGUUCUACAUCCAGCCCACCAUGCGCACCAUCGAGGUUCUCGCCUCCAUCGCCACUUCAGUGGAUAAAGGAGACUGCAUGGGCGGCUCAACGUUAAGUCUGCUUCAUGACCGCACCUUUAACUUCACUGGGGACAGCCAGGCUCAAGAGCUGUGUCUCUAUCUGACCAAAGCAGCCAGUGUCCCUUAUUUCGAGAUGCUGGAGAAGUGGAUCUACCGGGGAAUCAUCAAAGAUCCAUACGGUGAGUUCAUGGUUGAGGAACACGAGCUUCAGAAAGAGAAGAUCCAAGAGGACUAUAAUGACAAAUAUUGGGAUCAGAGAUACACCAUCGUGCAGCACAAAAUCCCAUCUUUCCUUCAAAAAAUGGCAGAUAAAAUACUAAGUACAGGGAAGUACCUGAACGUUGUGAGGGAGUGUGGGCGAGACGUGACCUGUCCGGAUGCGAAGGAGGUUCUCUACACUUUAAAAGAGAGGGCGUAUGUGGAACAAAUUGAAAAAGCCUACAACUAUGCCAGUAAGGUCCUCCUGAACUUUCUUAUGGAGGAGAAAGAGCUGGUGUCACGACUAAGGUCCAUUAAGCACUACUUUCUGAUGGACAAGGGAGACUUCUUUGUGCACUUCAUGGACCUCACUGAAGAGGAACUGAAGAAACCUGUUGAUGACAUUAUCCCUUCUCGCUUAGAGGCACUGCUGGAGCUGGCUCUGAGAACGAGCACAGCCAACACAGAUCCCUUCAAAGAUGAUCUAAAGAUAGACCUGAUGCCCCAUGAUGUCAUUACUCAACUACUGCGUGUCUUGGCCAUAGAGACCAAGCAGGAAAAAGCCAUCAUCAACGCUGACCCCACUGAGGUGGCUCUCAGUGGCCUUGAGGCGUUCUCCUUCGAUUACAUCGUCAAAUGGCCACUGUCACUUAUAAUCAACAGGAAAGCACUGACAAGAUAUCAGAUGCUCUUCAGACAUAUGUUUUAUUGCAAGCAUGUUGAGAGGCUGCUCUGCAAUGUUUGGAUCAGCAACAAGUCAACCAAGCAAUACUCCUUACACUCUGCUAAAUGGUUUGCUGGUGCAUUUGCUCUCAGGCAGCGCAUGCUAAACUUCGUACAGAACAUUCAGUACUACAUGAUGUUUGAGGUCAUGGAGCCCACAUGGCACAUCAUGGAGAACAACCUGAAAUCGGCGUCCAAUAUUGACGACGUUCUCUGCCAUCACACCAGUUUCUUGGAUAACUGUCUGAAAGAUUGCAUGCUGACCAACCCUGAGCUGCUGAGGAUCUUUUCCAAGCUCAUGUCUGUGUGUGUCAUGUACACCAACUGCAUGCAGCGAUUCACCCAGAGCAUGAGGAUGGACAAUGAGCUAAACCGAUUAAGUCUGGAACAUGGCACCAUGGAGGGUCCUCCAACACUGAGUGAGCGCACUGAGGAGGCUGAGAAGAAAAGACUGGCCUCCAAGUUUUUAUCUGAGCAUGUCGAUUCCCUGCAGUCAGACUCAGGCUUUGAAGGCACCAUCAGUAAGUUUGACAGUAACUUCAGCACGAUGUUGUUGGACCUGUUGGACAAGCUGAGCAUUUACAGCACCAAUGACUGUGAACACAGCAUGAUCAACAUCAUCUAUAGGCUUGACUUUAAUGGGUUCUAUACCGAGCGUCUGGAGCGAAUGGCGAUCGAGAGGGGUCAGAAGGCUGCCACGUAGCAUUCAUCUACCCAAGGACCUUUAUAAAGUCCACAUCAUACAGCAAUAAGGGGCUUAAUGGCAUGUUCUGCCUCUUUUGUUUAAAACAAAUACGUUGUACCCGUCACAUCGAUUUAAAAGUAUUCAAAAGAUUUCCGCUGUACAUUUAAAUAACAGCUCGGCCAUGGCUGACUAGUGGUGUGUCUUUUAUCCUUCAACAGGGCAUGUAGCAGUGUUGUGCUAUAAUAUAAGCAAUUCUUUUUCUCUUUUAACCCUCAGCCCAACAAACACCAGUGUUAUUGUUGUAUCAUUAAGUUCAACUUAAGGAUUGUCCAAUGGCAAGAUUUGCUGAUUCCACAGAAAAUUAUUGCUAGAACUGUUACUUUGACCCUUGUUUUUUUGUAAGUCUCAGUAAAACACAGUAAUUCAUUACCUGAUGCUCAAACCUAGGGUUAAAAUAAGACAGAAUUAAAUAAAUACAGAAGUAAGAUACAAUUAGAGAUCAAUACAUUGAACAACGUGGAAUAUAAACCCUGUCAGAGGAAGUGUGCAAAUGUUGUGUUAUACUGUAUAUGACUGAGAGUUUGUGGACACCUGACCAUCAAAAACAUUUUUUUUAUCGUUUCUUUCUAAAUUUGUUCCCCAUAUUUGUUCUAAUGUCCUCCAAAGCAAAGGCUUUCCACUAGAAUUUGAAGACUGGUUUUGUAUAUAGCUGGUGGGUCAUGGAAAAAAGCCUAAGGUUCAGUCAGUGUUUCAGUUCAUCCUAAAGGUGUUCAGUGGGGUUGAUGUCACUCAAUCACUUGAGUUCUGGUACUCCAUCCUUUGCAAACUCUGUCUCCAUAGAGCUCGCUUUGUACCUUGCGUCAUCGUCAUGCUGGAACAGAUUUGGGCUUCUUCGUUCCAAGGAAAGGAAAUUGUAAAUCUACAGCAUACAGAUCCUCAUAUGAGAUCCUGUUCGACUGUGUACUUCCAAAUUUUUAGCAGAAGAACCAUAUAUAUGGGUGUGAUGAUCAGGUGUUUACAAUCUUUUUGUCUUGUAGCGUUUAAAUGCAACAGACAUUCAUGAAGUCCUAUAAAGUAUGGAGAAUGUAAAUGAGGCAAAAAUUUGUUUUGUGUGAAUAAUAAACCCAACCUUGGGAAAAUCUUCAUGAAUUUAUGCCCUGCCUGUUGUUAAAUAUUAAUAGGAUUCAUGUUCAACCAGGAAAUGUUCAAAGCUAACUAAUCCUUACGUUAUUUACAGCUCUGGGUGACGAGCAAUAUCCUCAAUCACGUAACCUAUAUCAUGUAUAUUUCCCUUAUUCUGAUUGACAAAAAUGUAUUGUAUUAUACAUGUUAGUUAUUUUUAAAAACAACCUUUAUCUGUAAAGGAUGGUGUUGAAUAAAGUUGUUUGAUUAGUG